AUGUAUCCCACAAGAAGACCUCCUCCGUUUUACACCCCUAGUAGUACAGCUGAAAGAUCAGCCAAUCCUAACUUGGGAUACCAAAGUAAAGUUCGAGUUAUUGAUCGAUAUAAAGUCAUUGGUUUCAUUAGCUCUGGUACAUAUGGACGAGUUUAUAAAGCGGUUGGGCGAGAUGGACGACCUGGGGAAUUCGCCAUCAAGAAAUUUAAACCAGAUAAGGAAGGGGAACAAAUCCAAUAUACGGGUAUUUCACAAUCAGCAGUUCGGGAAAUGGCACUGUGUUCCGAGUUGAGUCACAUGAAUGUCAUUCGACUCAUUGAGAUUAUUCUGGAAGACAAGUGUAUCUUCAUGGUGUUUGAAUAUGCCGAACAUGACCUUCUUCAGAUUAUCCAUCAUCAUACCCAGCCUACUCGCCAUCCCAUUCCCGCUCCAACAGUGAAAUCCAUAAUGUUUCAACUUCUCAAUGGCUGCCAAUACCUUCAUGCGAAUUGGGUACUUCAUCGUGAUCUCAAGCCUGCCAAUAUCAUGGUAUCCUCUGCAGGGGAAGUGAAAAUUGGCGAUUUGGGACUUGCUCGACUUUUCAACAAACCAUUGCAUUCUCUUUUCUCGGGUGACAAAGUUGUAGUUACGAUAUGGUAUCGAGCCCCGGAACUCCUACUAGGUUCAAAGCAUUACACUCCGGCCAUCGAUAUGUGGGCUAUUGGGUGCAUUUUUGCGGAACUCCUCUCCCUCAGACCGAUAUUCAAAGGCGAAGAAGCGAAAAUGGAUAGUAAGAAAACGGUACCAUUCCAGAGGAAUCAGAUGCAAAAGAUUGUCGAUAUAAUGGGAUUGCCAACCAAGGAAAAAUGGCCACAUCUGGUACACAUGCCGGAAUACUCACAACUUUCCACUCUCUCAGCCAGUGGACAUGCAAAAGCUGGAUACUCGAGUUUGGAGAAGUGGUAUUAUCAAACUAUAAAUUCAUCCCCCACCUCGGUUCCAGUAUCGAAUUCCAGUCUAGGUGGUGAGGGGUACAAACUAUUGAGCAGCUUACUUGAAUAUGACCCUGAAAAACGAUUAACAGCGCAAGCAGCAUUAACACAUCCAUUUUUCAGUACAGGGGAUAAAGUUAGUGCCAACGUCUUCGAGGGGGUCAAAACAGAAUAUCCGCACAGGAGGGUUAGUCAGGAUGAUAACGAUAUUCGAACUGGAAGUCUACCUGGCACAAAGAGGAGUGGGUUACCGGACGAUUCAAGACCAGCGAAAAGAUUAAAGGAAUAA